UCUCAUCAAACAACGAUGUUGUCUCCAGGUGUAAAAGAACGAAUCGGCGUUGUUUUUGAGGUAGUGAAAACCUCCUUUCACUGGGGAUUCAUUCCAACAUUGCUAUAUUUAGGAUUCCGCAAAGGAUCAGAACCCGGCAUGCCGCCACUAUCGAUAGCAAACUUGUUAUGGUAAUCUACAGCUACUCUCGACAAACGUGACACAUCCAGAUUGUAUCACAAAUUAAUAGGAA